AUGUCCGGAUGGUUGGGCUGCGUGGUUUGCGAUGAAGGCUACGCGGUCACGACUAUUCACAUGAAGUCCCACCGAGUGGUGGCUCGCUUGAAUGGAGGAUCAGUAGAUCUCCUGAGAAACAUUUCUGACGAUCAUUCUCCACCAUCUUCAUACAGACAAGGUAAGCUCACAGAUCUCUUGUAUAUCGACAGACAGCUAAUCGGGGAACAGCCAUUUACCACUUUGCCGGAUACCACUUACACCAGCCAAAAUGAGCAUUCAACCUGUAAGCAUUUCUUUGAUCAACUGUGUGCUGCGCCCUUGCGGAUUUCCCUGGCAUCCAAGUAUGAUACCGUGUUGACCUUCCACGAUGAGUACCGGGCCGCGAGUGUUCAGGACUAUGAGGGCGCCGUAACUGGCGUCUGGGACCUCCUACUCAACUAUUACUUCAACCAAGUGAUGGAGACCUUCGAGAAAGUCUUCAGAUCUGACCUGAGCAGCGCCAAGGCGAUCAUCAGGCGCCCCGCCAUGACGGCGGAUGGCUAUUUCUACCCAACUUAG